GCAGCGGUCAGUCGCGCUUGCGCAUCGGAGACGCACGCACGCGCCUCUCAAAUAUAUAAAAUCACCGCGUUCAACUUACGAAUUGUGACAGUGAUAUGGUUUUGUGCUCUAAACGGAUUACGUUACGGUGUCAUUGAAAACGUUGCGUUGGAGGUGCGGUGAUGCGCCGCGCGCGCCAGCGCUCCACACAUGCAUGCCGCCCGCGCACCAGGUGUGGUUGUGAUGAAAUGGUGGUGUACGGUAGCGCUACUGGCGCUGUCGGCGGCCCCCCGCCGCGCCGCGCCCCGCGCCGCCAUCGGUGAGCAAUACUACAGUUACCAGAUGUCGCGCAAGUCGUGUGCGGUAGGCGGGGCGCGGGGCGCAUGUAUGUGGGUGCAGGAAUGCAAUCGAGUCGGUGGCAUACACGCCGGAGUUUGUGUCGAUGGUUUCAUGUUCGGCUCCUGCUGUCGAUUACCGGACAAACCUAUUCUUAUCGAAGAAACACAAAAUCCUACAACAAUCACCGACCGGCCGUAUAUAGCGUCAUCGAGCGCCGUCACCACGCAACCGCCGGAGACAACACAAGCGCCGCCGCGGCCGACGUCACAAACACAGCGGCCGUCGUUUAUGACUAAGCCAAUAGAUGGCGCGCCUUCAUAUAAUUACAGACCGCCAGAAAUUAAUUUACCCUCAUUAAGCAUAGAAUCAAGUAGCGAACAAAAUAGUGAUAUAGUUAAUAAAAUACCAUAUAACAAUGUAAAUAAGUAUCAAAAUGUAAAUAGGCCAAGCGGCGAAAUGGAAACUAGUCCUCAUAACAAAAUUUCGUCUAGUCUUAGCUUACUGGCCGGCGCACGGCCCAUGGCGGUGUCGGAGCAGCAUCCAGACAACAGUAUUAGUGCAGCGCAUUUGAUGUCCCGACCUAACAACGCGAACACACAGUGGCAGGCGACGACGGAGCCGACAUUUGUGACCAAAACACGACCCGGCAGCUGGGAGAAGCCGGGCAAACCUAAGCCGACCAAGAAAUUUACCACGACCACGGCUAAACCACAUAAAACUCACAAGCCUAAAGACCCUGCGAUAAACGUCAUAAAAAAUGAAGAUAUCACCCCUCCUAUACAAACUACAGCAGCUACUGGUAGCGUAGAGUGUGGUGUUACGGCCAUGUGGCCGCGUCCGGAGACGCGCAUCAUGGGCGGCCAGGACUCCAGCUUUGGACGGUGGCCAUGGCAAGUCUCUGUUAGACGAAAUUCCUUCUUCGGCUUUUCAUCCACCCACCGAUGCGGAGGCGCCAUCAUCAACGAAGGCUGGAUAGCCACUGCGGGGCACUGCGUUGACGACUUGCUGACGUCACAGAUAAGGAUACGUGUCGGUGAAUACGACUUCUCGUCGGUAUCAGAGCAGUAUCCAUUCGUGGAGCGCGGUGUCGCGAGGAAGGCGGUACACCCGAAGUACAAUUUCUUCACUUAUGAAUACGAUUUGGCGCUGGUGAAGUUGGACUCACCUGUGCAGUUUGCGCCACAUAUAUCGCCUAUUUGUCUGCCCGCGACUGAUGACUUGUUGGUUGGUGAGAACGCGACUGUCACUGGAUGGGGACGACUGUCUGAAGGCGGUGUGCUACCUUCAGUUUUACAAGAGGUACAAGUUCCGAUAGUAUCGAACGAGCGCUGCAAGUCGAUGUUCCUGCGCGCGGGACGACACGAGUUCAUCCCGGACAUAUUCCUGUGCGCGGGACACGAGAGAGGGGGACACGACUCGUGUCAGGGGGACUCCGGGGGACCGCUACAAGUCAAAGGGAAGGAUCAAAGAUAUUUCCUAGCUGGCAUAAUAAGUUGGGGUAUCGGCUGUGGGGAAGCAAAUCUACCCGGAGUCUGCACUAGGAUAUCUAAAUUCGUACCGUGGAUAUUACAGACAGUGAGCUCGUAGUGUUAAACAGUGAUGAACAUAUGUUUAUAUAUAUUUAAUGGACGAAACGAUCGAACUAACGAAACAGUGCAAGUUACCUUCAAAAAUGUUGAUAAACUCAACGUUUUCUGAGGCGUUUUAUUAGGAACAGUCUUAGGGUUGCCAACUUGACGAAAACGAUGUCUACACAUUCCUUAAAUGACUUCUUUUGAUGCCAAAUCUGUAGCUGGAUUGAUUAUUACCAGAAUAAUUCUGUUAAACUCAAAAAGGUGGCAGCCCUAAACAGUCUACCAAGAAGCUAUGCAGGACUUGUUUUGCAAUUCUGCAUUUCAAGCUUCUAUACGGUUUAAUAAUCAGGCUUGGACCUAUAAUAAACGCCCUUACAAUCCCAGCUUAUUUUCAACACAUGCUUAGUUUUAAGAAAUACACAUAUUUUACGGCUUUUGUAAAUAUUUUUGUA